AUGUCUGAUGUCAAGAUCCAAGGGUACAACAUUUCUAAAAACACAAUGAUUGAGAUCAACACAUAUGCAAUAGGACGUGAUCCCAACUGUUGGACAAACCCUAACGAGUUUAUCCCCGAGAGGAUCUGUCCCGGGAUGGCUACGGGGAUCACCAUUGUGGAACUCGGUCUCCUUAACGUUCUUUACUUCUUCGAUUGGAGUUUACCCGAUGGAAUGACCAUUGAAGACAUUAACAUGGAAGAAGCUGGAGCUUUCGUCAUCGCCAAGAAAGUACCACUUGUGCUCGUACCAGAUCUUCAUUACUGA